AUGAGUGGACAUCGGUUUAUGGCCCUCAUUUUGGGUUACGUGAAGUUAAUUUGCAUCUUGACUUUGGUCGUGGGAAUAAUCAUGGGGGCUCUCUUGGAAAAUCAGUUGUCUCAAAGUUUCGGUGGUCUCGGGUUCGACGACCAGAUUCAUUCCAUCACAGUCUUGUUGAUCACGACUGGUGGAUUUUGCGGUUGGACGAUCGUCUCCAUCAUCGGAGCGAUAGCCUGCCGGCCACGAUGGACGUGGGUUACGGGUGUCCUGGACAUGUUCUUCAUCUCCAUCAUCGCGGUCAAUCUACCACUCCUGAUCACUCUAACCAGCUUCACCUGCGAUCCCGAUCUCGAAAAUGGCGUUUGCGAUUUAUCCACUGUUAUGGCCGGAGCGUAUUUUAUUGCCAUGUACGUCCUAUCCAGCUUGAUGUCCCAGUCCAUCGUCAACUUGUGUUCGCUAAUAUGCCGUUUUGGGUACCAGUCUUCUUACCAUCUUCUCAGGAGUCAUUGCCAUAGUGAUUUCCCUAUGGCCUUUCAA